AUGGAAAUAACGGGGCAUACCAUGGUCUGGGGCCAAACCGGAGUUGAAACGUGGCGGAGCUUAACUGUUUAUGUCCUUAAAGUUCAAGUUGAGGGCUUGAACUACCUUGGCUGGGAGCAGAACAGUUGGGAAACCUUUGAGUUUCAGAAUCUCAAUUUCAAAAUUCAAAGAGUUCCCAUUAGUACAUGCUUUCUAGCGAGGCUCAGGAGCAGGGUUGGUGUAUCUGCGGCAAGAACAUGCCCGUUACUGGGAGGAUUAUCGGAUCAAUGGUGGAGAUUUCGUCCUGAAGUGGUCGCACUCGUUCGGAUUCGAGCGGAGCUCGGCGUCAGCGGAGAGGAUGAUGGUGACGGAGCCAGCAACGGCAUCAUCGUGACAUUACCACAGAGGAAGCUUUUGGAGCAAGCGAUAGUCGCCCUUUGA